AUGAGCACUACUGCAGACCCACACCUGGACCCCCUGCAGUUCGCCUACAGAGCCAACAGGUCUGUAUAUGACCCGGUCCUGCACUUCAUCCUGCAGCACCUGGACUCCCCAGGAUCCUACGCCAGGAUUCUGUUUGUGAAUUUUAACUCUGCAUUCAAUACCAUCAUCCCGGCUCUCCUGCAGGACAAGCUCUCCCAGUUGAACGUGCCAGACUCCACUUGCAGGUGGAUCACUGACUUCCUGUCUGACAGGAAGCACCACAUGAAGCUGGGAAAACACAUCUCGGACUCCCGGACCAUCAGCACUAAAUCCCCUCAGGACUGUUUUCUCUCCCCUCUGCUCUUCUUGCUGUAUACAAACAGCUGCACCUCAAGCCACCAGUCUGUCAAACUCCUGAAGUUCGCGGAUGAUACGACCCUCACUGGGCCCAUAUCUGAUGGAGAUGAGUCUGCCUACAGGAGGGAGACAGAGCGGCUGGUGUCCUGGUGCAGGCUGAACAACCUAGAGCUCAACGCUCUCAAUACAGUGGAGAUGAUUAUGGACUUUAGAAGGAACACAGCCUCACUCACCCCCAUCACCCUGAGCGACUGCCCAGUGGACCCUGUGGAGCCUUUCUGCUUCCUGGGCACAAUCAUCACCCAGGACCUCAAGUGGGAGCUGAACACCAGCUCUCUCAUUAGGAAAGCCCAACAGAGGAUGUACUUCCUGCAGCAGCUGAAGAAGUUCAGGCUGCCAACGAAGAUGAUGGUGCACCUUUACACCUCCGUAAUUGAGUCCAUCAUCACCUCCUCCAUCACCAUUUGGCACGCUGCAGCAACGGCUAAGGACAAGGCCAGGCUGCAGCGUAUCAUCCGCUCGGCUGAGAAGGUAAUUGGCUGCAAUCUGCCUUCUCUCCAGGACCUGCAUGCCUCCAGGACUCUGAGGUGUGCAGACAGAGUGACCUCUUAUUGUCCACAGAGCAGCAUCAUGAUGGAGAGCAUCUUGUUGACCGUCUUGUGUCUCUCAGGGUGGCUCAUCCUCCCCUCCUGUCCUCUCCGUCAGUACCACUUUGUGAACGAACCAUUGACUUGGAAUGAAGCUCAGUCCUACUGCAGAGAGACAUACACAGACCUGGCCACCACAGAGAGCAUGACGGAACUCAACCAACUCAUUGACACAGUUUCAUCUUCUGGUCACAAGUCUGAGGUGUGGAUCGGUCUGUAUACUGAAAUCGACUGGAGGUGGUCAGAUGGGUUCACAGGGAGCGGGGCUGAGUACAGGAAAUGGGGAUAUGGAGAACCCGAUUCUUUGUUUGCAAGAGAGUUCUGUGUGUUCAUUUCAUCGACUGCACAAUGGUAUGAUGCAUAUUGCCCAAGUGAUCGCUCAGUUGUCUGUUACAAAGGAACACAGCUGGAUCCUGAGUACGUUGCUGUGAAUAAAACCAUGUCUUGGUCCAGUGCUCAGAAGUACUGCAGGGAGAACUUCAUAGACCUGCCCACUCUCCAGGACAGACUGAAGGAGAAAGGAGUGAGUGGAGUCACCCUGAAGUGGAGAGAGCAGCCUGAUGGGAAAGUCUGGCACAAAGAGGUUCCACAAGGAACUACAACUGGAUGUUAG